AUGGAAGACGAUAGUGAUGAUAAAGAUGAUACGAAAAGAAGAACUCGCAAUUUGAGUGAGAAAAAGCGCCGUGACACAUUUAAUAUGCUUGUUAACGAGUUGUGCUCAAUGGUUUCAAGUAACAACAACAGGAAAAUGGACAAGUCUACAGUCCUCAAGGCCACUAUAUCCUUUCUGAAAAACCAUAAUGAAAUAACAGUCAGGUCAAGGGCACAUGAUAUUCAAGAAGACUGGAAACCUUCAUUUCUGACAAAUGAAGAGUUCACGUACUUGGUGUUGGAGGCUUUAGAAGGCUUUGUAAUGGUUUUCUCCGCUACUGGCCAAAUUUACUAUGUAUCUGAAAGCAUCACAUCCCUUUUGGGCCAUAAUCCGGCUGACCUAUUGAAUAAAAGUAUUUUUGAUCUGGCAUAUGAAGAGGAUCGACCUCAUUUAUACAGUCUUCUACAAAAUCCUGGGCCUGCAGUUGACCCUAUUCAGCCUUUACUAAAAGAGAACGAGAUCAGGUUCCAGUGCCAUCUACGCCGCAGCACGCUUGACUUCAUAGAUGAGGCUACGUACGAGCUUGUUGAGUUCAAUGGACAUUUCCGUACAAAUAUGGAGCAAAUUGACGAAGAAAAUACGUCGGGAUAUGAACAAGACCAGGGGUCUGGGUUACUGUUUGUAUGCACGGGUCGGCUUUUCACGCCGCAGCUGAUACGCGACGUUUCUUUGGUGGAUUCAAACCGGAGCGAGUUUACGUCCCGACUCAGUUUGGAGUGGAAAUUCCUGUUUUUAGAUCAUCGCGCACCUCCUAUUAUCGGCUACUUACCGUUUGAAGUCUUGGGCACAUCCGGAUAUGAUUACUACCACUUUGAUGAUCUGGAAAAAGUGGUUACGUGCCACGAAACUUUAAUGCAAAAGGGAGAGCUAACGUCGUGCUAUUAUCGGUUUCUGACCAAGGGACAGCAGUGGAUUUGGCUUCAGACAAGAUUCUAUGUCACGUAUCACCAGUGGAGCUCUAAACCCGAAUUCGUUGUUUGUACGCAUCGUGUAGUCAGCAAUGCCGACGUUGUUAAAAGCACAAAGCAAGAGGGCGUCGAUACUGACACGGUGAACGAAACAGAUGUUAAUACCGGAGGGAUUGAAAUAACAUCGUCCGAAGAUGCGACUACCGCGUUGUCUCCCACAUAUAUGUCUGAUACUGAUGACACAUACACCAGCUCUUAUCAGCCUCUUUCACAACCCGCUUCAGUGAAGUCGCAAUCGGCCAGUAAUACAAGCGGUACGAUGACUACCGUCAGUACCAGCGCGACCACGGGCCCCUGGCCGUGUGCUUCUCACUUGUGCUUCACCGCUGGUUCAGACACGGUCUCUAUAUCCGGCGAAUCCCGUUCCUCGCAACCGAACAACUCACGUGAGCUCAUAACAAUGGCGUUACCGACUGCUCACUCUUACGGACCUUGUCAUGGUAACAUGAUGAUGUUCCAGCAAACGCACAAGGGCUCCGAGCCGGUACUUGCACCCCAGCACGGUAUCGGGGCUCAGUAUUUGGAACCAGCGUCGUAUAUGGGAGCCGUGGGGGGUUCCUGCGAUGUUGCCGAUGCCUCUGCCCCCAAUGCCCGUCGUAGUGUCCACAGAUCAGGCGCAGAUGCAGGUGAAGAAACCAGCUCUGAAGAAAAAAACAGCUCCAAAGACGAAUCAGACAACAUGUCGGAAAUUGAAAAAAUUGAUUAUAAUAGUAGUGACGAUAAUUGA